CAUACUACUCGCCUCGCCUACUAUACAGUAUGGUAGUAGGCGGUUUCGGACGCAGCCAAUGAGUCCAAAGAAAGAUGGCGGCCUUCUGGUUACCUGGACGGAGUAUCAACUUGGUAGAAUGGUCGUCUGUGAGGAUUUUGAAAGGACAGAAUUGUGCAGCAGCAGAGAGGAUGGACAUAGUGUGCUCUGGGUAACGCGGCAUUACAAGGUGCUCCAUGAUGAUCUUUACAUUUCAUAUGCCGGGAAAACCCGGGGCAGCCUAAAUGCACUACCCCGAGCAGCUCCUGGGCAUAAGGGGGCCUAACUCCUGGAGAAAUUUGAUCCUGCAUUGGGCCCUUUAAAGGAAUAUGGGAUGAGUCUGUUGAAUGGAGUUGUGAGCGAGUCCCACAGAAGUCUGAGCUGCAAAGCAAAGGACCACAGCGGGACUGGGCGACACUAGGAGUGAAAACACUGACAAGGAAUGAAUGAGAAAUGAGAGCGGAGAGAAAGUCGGCGGUGUGAGUAGGAAGUUAUGAGCCGAACUGCGACGAAUUACCGGGGAAGGUGUCCGUGAGCGGAGAAAUCCGACAGAAGGGUGGAGAGACAACAAAGUCACAAGUCUGGCCUGAACCCAGCAGCAGAGCUCUGAAUCCUCACCAUGGCUGAUGUUUUGGAGAGCGGCGGGUCAGGAACUGUUAGAACGGCCAGCGUGGAUUGGCAGAAACGCUGCAUAGCUCUAGAGAUGCAGCUGCUGAGGUUCCGGCUCCAGGCAGGGAAAAUCCGAGAGCUCCUGGCAGAGAAGAUGCAGGAGCUGGAGCAGAGGGUGAUGGAGGCUGACAGGCGAGCUGAAAGUGCUGAAAAACAGAUUCAUGUCAUGGAAGAAAAGCUCAAGUCUGCAAACAUACAAACCAGUGAUUCAGAGAGCUUGCUGCACAGACAGUAUCAUGACCUGACUGAUCAGGUUCAAGAAAAGGAUGUGGUGAUAAAGAGUUUAGAGAUGCAGCUGGAAAAACAGAUCUUAAUCAGAGCCCAGGAGGCAAAAAUGAUUGAGGAGAAGGCUGCCAAGAUUAAAGACUGGGUCACCUUUAAGCUUAGAGAGAUGGAGCAAGAGAACCAGCAGCUGAAAAUUACCAACCUGAAGCAGACAGAGCAAAUAAUGCUGCUGCAGGACAAACUGCAAUCUCUCUUAGACAAACCUGUAUCCUCAGGAUCCUCUGCCACCUCCCCUCUAAUGGAUACCCACCUGGUGCCCAGCAGCCCGCUAUUUCCUCCCAGCUGCCCCGGCACACCACCUGCCCAAGAUGACAGCUGGAGACAGACAGGUCUUCGUGGGGCCACCUCAAAUGCAAAGAUCUUGCUAACAGAUGUGAAAAGGCCUCCUGAACAGGUCAGUAAAGAGAUUUGCCCUGGAGAUCUUGCAGCCCAUGAUGCUGUCUCUCAGGGUCGGAGCAGGGAGGGUCCCGGCAGCCCUGCUUCCAUCAGCGGACCAGAGCUCCCAGUGGGGUGCUCAGAUAGAGACAACUCUUCUGAUGAGCUCAACAACAGGUUCCGCUCUCAGUGCCUUCACUCAUCGUCAUCCUCUUCAUCUUCGUCCUCUGCUUACGAGAUGGCCCAUAGGCCAAGCUUCCCAGACUCACUCAUCAGAAUAACACCCAAAAGCCCGCUGCUGUCACGCUCCCCCUCCACCAAGAACCCCUUUCCCAAUCCUCUCGAGCUUCUGGUUCACCAGUCGGGAAUCAGCAUGACAUUACCCAAAGUACGAACUCCACUCACCCCCAGAGACAGCAUCCAGCUGGUCAAGAAGCACUACAGUCAGCCACAGCCCAGUCUGGACAGACUUCACAACCUCAGCGUUAACAUAGACAUCAUGACGCCGUCCUCCAACUCCUCCACCCUCAAGAGCACUUGCACGACCACCUCGCCCUUCUCACAGGUGGUGGAAGAAACAGACAUUGAUGAUGGGCUUUCUGACAGCAUGGACGGGGUGGUGGAGGGCCCGGGAGCAGAGGACUUAUCCCAGAAUGGGGUUUCCUUUGUAGGGCUCAAAGAGGAGCUGGAGCAGUUGGAUCCAGAAGUUCUUAAGCCACCAACUCCUCCUUUACACCGCUUCCCUUCAUGGGAGAGUCGGAUCUACGCUGUGGCUAAGUCAGGAAUGAGAGUGUCAGAGGCCAAUCCUGGAGCCAGAGGCCCUGGACGAGGGUUUAACUUACCCCAGUAUACAACGGCAGGUCCGUUCACCCAGCUGACCUAUAAGAAUAUUAAUGUGCCAGUUUACACAACACUGAAAGGGAAAGCCACUCAAAUCAGCAGUGUACCUCUGCCUGAUGAUGACUCUGGUUCCGAGGAUGACAGCAGCUCUCUGGCCAGUCUGCGGACGUCCAUCCUGAGUCCGGACAGGAAGAGCAGCGUCCCUGGGAGCCCACGUGCUGCCAAGAGAGGUGUGUCCAUGUCCUCUAUCAGCUCAGAGAGUGACUAUGCCAUUCCUCCUGACGCCUACUCCCUGGACUGUGAUUAUUCUGAACCAGAACACAAAGUCCAGCGAACCUCCUCCUACUCCUGUGAAAGCACUGGGCCUGAGAUGUUGGAGAAGUCUGGGUACCUGCUGAAGAUGGGCAGUCAGGUGAAAGCCUGGAAACGUCGCUGGUUCAUACUGAGAAAUGGAGAGAUUCUCUACUACAAAUCUCCUAGUGAUGUGAUCAGGAAACCUCAGGGUCACAUUGAGCUCAACUCAACCUGCUGUAUAGUACGUGGAGAAGGUGCACAGACAUUUCAAUUGAUUACAGAGAAGAAGACCCUCUAUCUGACCGCUGAUUCACCCAACAUCCUGGAGGAGUGGAUCAGGGUUCUGCAGAACAUACUCAAAGUCCAGGCCAGCAGCCAGGUUACCAUGGAGACCACCGCUAAGCCCACCGUGACAGGCUGGCUCACAAAGGUCAAACAUGGACACUCGAAGUUGGUGUGGUGUUCGUUGGUUGGAAAAGUCUUCUAUUAUCGUAACAAAGAAGACAAGUUGCCUCUGGGUCAGCUGCAGAUGAGGGAGGCAAAGGUACAGGAGGUGGAUCGCUCCUGUGAUUCAGAUGAAGACUAUGAAGCAGGUAGCCGAGGUUUCCUCUCCUCCCACUGCACCUUAGUGGUCCAGCCCAAAGACCAGAGCCCUACGUAUCUGCUCAUCGGCACCAAGCAGGAGAAGGACACAUGGUUGUAUCACCUGACUGUGGCAGCAGGCAGCAGCGCAGCCUUCAAGGUGGGAACCGAGUACGAACAGCUCGUUGGUAAACUCCUUGAUGUAGAAGGAGACCCAGAAUCUGCCUUGUGGAGGAGCGAGGCUUUGAGCUUCUGUAAAGAGGGUCUGCGCUCGCCUCUCACCACUCUGCCCUCUGAAGCUCUGCAGACAGAAGCUCUCAAGCUUUUCAAGUCCUGUCAGCUCUUCAUCAAUGUGCUGCUUGAGUCUCCAUCUGUCGAUUACCACACCUCACUGGCCCAGAAUGCUUUGCAAGUGUGCCUGACCCAUCCAGAGCUGCAGAAUGAAAUGUACUGUCAGCUUAUCAAACAGACCAACUGCCGGACGCUGCACAAUUACUCCCUCACACAGUGCUGGCAGCUGUUGUCUCUGUGUGUUGCUCUGUUCCUUCCUCAACAACAUUUCCUCUGGUACCUGAGACAGUACCUGCAACGCAACGCUGAUCCAAGGAGUGAGGUGGGGCAGUAUGCCGUGUACUGUCAGAGGUCAGUGGAGCGAACACUGCAGAACGGAGAGCGAGAGGCCAAACCUUCACGCAUGGAGAUUAUCUCCAUCCUGCUGAGGAACCCCUACCACCAUUCGCUGCCAUUCAGCAUCCCAGUUCACUUCAUGAACAACACCUAUCAGGUGGUGGGUUUUGAUGGCUCCACCACAGUGGAAGAGUUCCUCCACACACUCAACCAAAGGAUUGGCAUGAGGAAACCUCAGCUAUCUGGGUUCGCCCUCUUCACUGAUGAUCCAUCUGGCAAGGACCUGGAGCACUGCCUGCAGCCAUCUGCCAAGAUCUGUGAUGUCAUUUCCAAAUGGGAACAGGCUUUAAAGGAGUUACAUCCUGGGAAAAAUGAGGGGACACGGAUUGUUCGACUAACGUACAAGAGCAGACUCUGUUUCAGGUCUCAGUUGAAAGGAGAGACCGAGCGAGAGCGCCUCCUGCUGGCGUACCAGGUGAAUGAUGAAGUGGUGCAGGGUCACUUCCCUGUCAACAAAGAACUAGCACUUGAGGUGGCUGCUCUGAUGGCACAGGUUGAACAUGGUGAUUUGGAGCGACCAGCUGCCUCUUCUCCUACAGGCUCUCUUCAGCCUAAAUCUCAGCUGAUUCUCCUGCAGGCCUUGGAGCGAUUCUACCCUAAACGUUACAAACAGGACUGCAGCCCAGAGCAGCUUAGAGGUCUUACCGAGUGUCUGGCCACCAAGUGGUCUAUGCUACGUGGCUGCACUGCAUCUGAGUGUGUGAGAAUAUACCUAACUGUGGCUCGGAAAUGGCCCCUAUUUGGAGCCAAACUCUUCAGUGCCAAGCCUGUCCCCCCUUCUCCUGUUGAGCAGAGCCAGGUGUGGCUGGCAAUCAGUGAGGAUGGACUGUGUGUACUGGACUACACAAUGCACAUGCUGGUCACAUACCCCUACCAGUCUGUGAUUACCUUUGGCGGUUGCCGUGACGAUUUUAUGGUGGUGACGAGCCAGCAGAAGGAGCUGGGAGUUGGGAAGAAGAGCGUGGAGAAGCUGGUCUUUGCAAUGGCUAAACCAAAGAUACUGGAGCUGACUCUGCUCAUGGCCAGCUACAUUAACCACUGGAACCCCAGCCAGCCGUCGGCCUCACACCAGCCCCUCAGCCACUGGGACAUGGAAGGCAGCCACUUCCCCUUGAUGAACUACACCACCAAGGGCCCCACACUACUGUGAACUGUGCAAAUAAGAACAACAAAGACUGUUGGGAAGUUUGAUGACAGCAGUCACCUUUAGUCCACAUCCAUCUGGACUGUUAUAUCCUUACAGAACAGAUACUAGGAGGAUAUUUUUUAAGUGUCUUCUGAAGAUUUAAAUUUAGAAACACUAAGUUCAGUCUUGAACGUCUGUGUGUACAACAAAAGAGUGUUUCAACUCUGCUUAAAUUAGAUGUAAGAUCAUGUUCUCAAUCAUUACUGCCUGGCAUGUGGCUCAAAUCCUCUGAGGUACUGUGUAACAAGAACCAAUAUGAUCUGCGAUGCCACAGAUCCAUAGGUUUUUGUGUUUUUAUUUAGUAUAAUACAUAUCUAAUAUUACUGUAAUGUAGGGCCGCAAGUAACACUUACCUUUAUCAAUCUGAUCAUUAUGUUUUCAUUUAAUCUAUCAAUCCUUUGGUGCAUAAAACGUCUGAAUACAAUAGUAAUAAAACAUCCUUGCCUCUUAUUUUUGAGGCUUAAGGACGAAGUGAGAGUCAAAACAAGCUCAGGCAGUAUCCUCUCCUCUUCUCGUCUGUAAACAUGAGGCCUGAAGAUGGCAGCAUGGGCUGGGGGGGGUUAAUACACCAGGGUGAAAACACUUAAUUUAUUUGAAUUUGUGCUAAACCUAGUUAAUGCAGCUUUAAAUUUUCAUGAUUGAAUUGGUGGGCCCAGUGAAGUUUUGGCAUUUCUUUAAUACCUCGAUAGAUCACUAGUUCAUUUUGUGUUCAUUGACUAAUCACUUAAUCACUACCUUAAUACAAUUGGGUUUUUUUGUUAUAAAACAGGAGGUAGGGCUCCUUAUUCCCAAAGUAAUUAAGGUCAAAUUUAAUGUUUUUAGUGAAAAGGUCAGUGUCCUAUUAAUGUAACAUUACUGGCAAGCAAUAAGACAAUGGGAUAGAAAAGGUAUAAAACUGUGAUAUACUUUACAGUAUGUUUAAUGCAUCUGUGAAAUUUUAGCUGUUUUUCUGUUCAUUUCUCAUGAUUCCCUAAUGAGUAAGUCGGGUCUUUUAAUAACCAGCUGCCUAACAAAGACGAGAGGACAAUUAAAAACAAAGUGCUACCAAAAUAUCUUAAUGACUUGAACUGUUUUGGAUCAAACCACUGUCUUGCUCGUGUCCUUAUGAGUUAUUUAUUUUUUUCCAUGAUUUUUUAGCUUUUGCUUAAAAGAUGUUUUUCACAACUGUCACCUAGAAGUACAGUUUUCUUUAUGUAGCAGAGUAAUUUAAGGUAUGUUUUGUUUGCUGAA